AUGCUUCGUUCGGUGCUGCUAGCUCAUUGCGACGGUUCACGACCCAGUCUUCCGGAGGUUAACGUAUUUCUCGACUUUGAAAAUGCAUCUCCCUCUGAAUCCGAAUUUCAUUUGUUCUCGAUCGCCGAUAAGGUACUGGAACGUGCCAAUUUAGCACUAGAAGAUAUAGCAAGUUAUGGGCCAGGUGCAUCUGCAGAGGUACGUGUGGCCAUUCAGCAACCAAAUAACAGUGAAGCGCAAUCGAAAGCGAUGACUUUGUUGGAUAAAUUAGUGACUAGGAUCCGAAUAUAUUACGAUCUUUCGCAACGUAUCGAGCAGUUGGUACCUCUUCUACUUUGGGAACUUUGUUCGGGACCUUUACCACCAGCUGAGCAAUUGGAUGCAUUACAAGCAACAUGUCGACAGUUUGCACGUUUCAUCGAUUUUGUUCUAUCAUUUGAUGCAUUGAAAAUGUGUACUCCAGCACUGCAAAAUGAUUUCAGUUUUUAUAGACGCGCAAUAUCCAGGGAGGCAGUAAUGUACGUACAUAAGACUAAUAAUACUUAUGCAAUUCCAAUCGAAUUAACCAAUACGAUCUCAUUGUUUUUGGCAAGUCCAACCCCGAUGUUAUCUUCAUUAACCAGUGCCACAAUUCAGUUUGUUGUUGUACAUAGCGAUUUACCAGUAACAAAUACUACCGAUACUCUUGCUACCAUUGUACAGGUAUGCAGAUAUAUGGUGGAAACGGAAGAGAAUUGGGAGCGAAUGUCCGAAAUGAGUCGAUUGUUUACGGUGCGUGUGAUGGUAGGUGCGAUCAUACUCUAUGAUCACAUCGAUAAUGCAGGUGCUUUUUGUAAAGAGUCACCGAUCGACAUGAGAUCUGUAGUCGAAUUAAUCAAAUCACAGCCCAAUAGUGAGCAGGUUUUUAUUGGAUUGCAGGUCGAGUCUUUAUUGAACGCACUUCGAUACACAACCAAACAUCUCAACGAUGGCUCUACACCGAAAUCGGUGCGAGCAUUAUUCCCCUGA